AUGAAGAAGAAAAUGUUGUUGUCCUUAUUAAGAGCUCCAGAAAUAUUCGGAUCGUCACUUAUGAUUUUUGUAAACAAUGAAGCGGCUCAUCCCGUCAAAGAUCGGGAUAGCCAAAAGCAAUUAUCGUCCUGUGUUGGAACUGCCGAGUACUCGCCUACCAACUCUCUCUCUCUCUGUGAAGCGUUUUCACUCCCGAUUAGCAAGGCUAAGGCUGUGACUUCGCCAAAUGUGGGUAGAAAGGCCACUCCAGAGAGGAGGAAAGCGACUCCUGUGAGAGAUCAAGGGGAGAAUUCGAGGCCUCUGGAUCAGCAUAGGUGGCCGGGGAGGAGUAGAGAAGGGAAUUUAGGUUCGGCAGAAAGAAAGCCGAUGUUGUCUAGGAUUUUGGAUUGUAGUGGUGGAGAUAAGAGGAGUCUGGGAUCUGGGUUGAUGAUGGUUAAGUCAUUGCAGCCAUCUGUGAUGGUUGAUGAGAGGAGGUUGAGCUUGGAUUUAGGCAAUGCUAAGCAAAACCCAGAUGCCAAUUCGGUGAUUGAAUAUUCUCUUACUGUUGAUCUCACUGUAUCUGAUAGCGAUAGUGUUUCCUCUGGUAGCACUUCAGGAUUGCAUGAAUUAGGUAGUGGGAUUUCCAAAGGAAAAAAAUGGGCUCGUGGCAUUUUUAUUUCUGCAAGGUUUUGGCAAGAAACAAAUAGCAGGUUGAGGCGCUUGCAGGAUCCAGGUUCACUAUUACCAACUAGUCCUAAUUCCAGAAUGAGCAUUUCAUCUAAAACCAGUCAAUCAAAAAGAUUUGGUGUUGAUGGUACAGUGACAUCUCCCAGAACUAUUGCUUCUUCAACUAUUAGGGGAGCCACGUGGCCUGCCUCGCCUACUAAGCUUUGGACACCUACGGCUUCCUCUCCAUCACGAGGGAUUUCUAGUCCUUCAAGGGUGAGACCCAUGAGUUCAAUUCUUAGUUUCUCAGUUGAUUUAAGGAGAGGGAAGAUGGGGGAGGAUCGAAUUGUUGAUGCACAUAUGUUGAGGCUUCUGUACAAACGUUACUUGCAAUGGCGGUUUAUAAAUGCAAAGGCAAAUGCUUCCUUCAUGUUGCAUAGACUAAAUGCAGAGAAAAUUUUGUGGAAUGUAUGGGUGACCAUCGCAGAACUACGGCACUGUGUCAUUCUUGAAAGGAUCAAGUUACUGUUGCUGAGGCAAAAGUUAAAGCUAACUUCUAUCCUCAAGGGACAAAUUUUCACCAUAUUCUCUCAGCUUUCCGAUCAUAUUCUCAUGGUUUUUCUUCACAUCUUCACUGGGAUUUGCUGCUUUCCCAGCAAGUUGACAACCGGUUUUCUCUUUUCCUCCCUUUUGUGAAGCCAAGAUUUGAAGUGGUUCAACUCCAAGAGAACAUGAGAUUGAUCCACAAAUAGCCAACAUCAACAAUAGCAGCUUCAUCAUCAAACUGGACAACAUAUGCAAUUACAAUUAUAUUUAUGUACACAUGAGAGACAAAAAGAAGGAUGGAAUUUUCUAUUUUAUUAUUUAUUUAGGUACCAAAAUAUCCUUGCAUGUUUAUUUCA